AUGUGUUUGCGUGGGUUGAACAGUAACAAUCUGACAGCGGAUUGUACCGAGGAUCUGACCUCCGCUCUCAGCACAAACCACUCACUGACGGAGCUGUACCUGAGUAGCAAUAAACUGGGAGAUUGUGGAGUGAAGCGACUGUGUGAGGCUCUGAGGAACCCGGAGUGUAAAAUACAGAGACUGUGGUUGGACAGUAACAGACUGACCGAUGGCUGCACUGAUGCUCUGGUCUCCGCUCUCAGUACAAACCGCUCACUGAGGUUCCUGGACCUGAGGUUUAACUCCUUCACAGACGGCUCUGUCUCCGCUCUCCGCCGCCUCAUACAGACCUGCACCAGUCUGGAGGAGAUCGGGCUGUGGGGGAAUGGGUUCAGUUCAGACGGAGAGAAUCAGCUGAAGUCACUGCGGGGAAUCAGAGCUGAGCUGUCAGUGGUAGUGUGACACUGAC